UCAUGACCAGAAGGUUUAAAAUACAUUUUAGGAGGGCAGAGUCUGAAAUGUACUUGUUAGAUUGGGACAGAAGCUGUGCAUAAGUCUAAGUUCUGAUUGCCUGGUUGCAUUUGUGUUUUACUGCAAAGUAUCCUGUUGAUGACCCGGGAACAUGAAGAACUUGAAAUAAAAAAGAAAAGAAAAGGCAAAUUGGCAGUCAGCUCAUGAGAGAGAAGGUGAUGGGACACAUGGGAAAGAAGAAUAUUUCUUGAAGUAUGUAAGGGAUGGUCUAUGAGAAGGAAUGCUGUCUUCAUGCACUUUGCCUACACAACACAAAGAUGUGCUCUCGCCGAUCUUGCCACGACCAUGGAUCCUCAUCCCACGGAUGCCACGGACAUGAAUCAUCCUGCCAUGGCUCCAGCUCAUCCAUUAACUGCGUCAUUGAGAAACCUGUGCCCAUCUGUCCCAUGCCACAGUGCUGCCCACCUGUGCAGCAAUGCUGCCCACCUGUGCAGAAAUGUUGCCCACCCGUGCAGUGCUGUCAGCAGAGCCAACAGUGCUGCAGUCCCGUGCAGCCCUGCUGCCCCCCUGUGCAGCAAUGCUGCCCACCCAUGCAAAAGUGCU